UAGCGCGGAGCGGUGACGUAUUCUUCCAGCGCCACGUCGUGAGUCGCCCAGGAGUGGUAGGAAUAGGCGUCCCACGGCGUCCUAGAGUGAACAGAGCGACCCAGAGGAGGGGACGGUGCGUGCGGAGUCGGCCGCGACAGACAUUAAGGUCCGGCCGGAGGAGUGAGUCUAAGACCACCAGGGUAACAGGGUUAUCUGGUUGUUAUUUUGUUCUGGGGUGAUUUCUGACAUAGCAAGAACUAUGUCAUGGAUCAAAGAAGGAGAGCUGUCACUUUGGGAACGGUUCUGUGCCAAUAUCAUAAAGGCUGGCCCAGUGCCCAAACAUGUUGCAUUCAUAAUGGACGGAAACCGUCGCUAUGCCAAGAAGUGCCAGGUGGAACGGCAGGAGGGCCACUCACAGGGCUUCAACAAGCUGGCUGAGACUCUACGCUGGUGUUUGAACCUGGGCAUCCUAGAAGUGACUGUCUAUGCGUUCAGCAUUGAGAACUUCAAACGCUCCAAGAGUGAGGUUGACGGGCUACUGGAUCUAGCCCGACAGAAGUUCACUUGCUUGAUGGAAGAACAGGAGAAGCUCCAGAAGCACGGGGUGUGUAUCCGUGUGUUAGGCGACCUGCAUUUGUUGCCUCUGGACCUCCAGCAGAAGAUUGCACAGGCUGUCCAGGCUACCAAGAACUACAACAAGUGUUUCCUCAAUGUCUGCUUUGCAUACACAUCCCGUCAUGAGAUCACCAAUGCCGUGAGAGAGAUGGCCUGGGGAGUGGAGCAAGGUCUGCUGGAACCCAGUGAUGUCUCUGAGUCCCUGCUCGAUAAGUGUCUCUAUAGCAACCACUCUCCUCAUCCGGACAUCUUGAUACGGACCUCGGGAGAAGUUCGGCUCAGUGACUUCUUGCUCUGGCAGACCUCCCAUUCCUGCCUGGUGUUCCAGCCUGUUCUGUGGCCGGAGUAUACAUUUUGGAACCUCUGUGAGGCAAUCAUGCAGUUUCAGAUGAACUAUAGUGCACUUCAGCAGAAGGCCCGAGACUCGUAUGCUGAGGAGAGGAAGAAACGCCAGCUGGAGAGGGACCAGGCUGCAGUGACAGAGCUGCUGCUUCGAGAGGGCCAGGCCAGCGGGGAUGCCCACCUCCGACGGGCAUGCUUGCACAAACUCUCCGCCAAACGGGAAGAGCGAGUCCAGGGCUUCCUGCAGGCCUUGGAACUUAAACGGGCUGACUGGCUGGCACUUUUGGGCACUGCAUCUGCCUAAGUGAGGCUGGCUACUGGCCACUUUGCCCUGCCCUGUGCCUCUUGGGCCCCAACUUCCUUUUCUUUUCUUUGUGAAAGGCACCUGUUUUUGAUGAAUUAUGCUCCCUUUGCUUUUCAGGGAGCCCCAAAGGCAAGGCCUACUACCUGUAGACAGACACCUUGGGUUACCUGUGAUAGUGACCUCCACUAGAGUUUGAGGGAGGGUCUCCCAGGCUUACACUAAGUCCAAGACUAGGUACUGAUAAUCUGAAGAUCAGGGACCCUAACUCAUGACCUGUGUUUCCUGUCCCCGUCUUUGGAUGCAUGUUCUUUUUCCGCUAGUAUAUCCUUCAACAUGCAGAAGAGGUCUUCCUAAAACCUAGGCCUUUACCCAUCCUGCCUAAGCCCCCCACGUGACUUUUACAAAAGAUUUGAAUCUACUGGUAAAUAACUGAUAGGCAGCCAGUAUCACUGGGCAGGAAAGAAAGGGGUGGGAAGGACAGGAAGAAAAUUUGCCCAUCUGCUGCUCCUCCCCUUGGCUCUCCACCUGGGAUUUGCUAUUGAAUCUCCAUCCCUCCCACCACCAGUACUGAUUGCUCACUGAAAGGCUCAGCGCCCCCAAUGGCUCAUGGAAGCCAGGCGGGCGAUUACAAUCCAAUUACCUAUUGUUGACUCAGCCCACACCAGCUUUACUCCCCCUAGCAGGGCACGGGGCCAGGCUCCACUCCCCAGUGAGACCCAACCCCUCCAUGGCUACAGGGUACAGAAGGGCGUGUAGAGGUCCUACAGUCUAAUCCAACACAGGCCAACUUGUAACACAUCAGGACUGAACAGAACCUAGCGUUUCCUGAUUGACUGUCUCCUUCCCUUGCCAACUCAAACUGAUUCCCGCUCCCAACCUUAAGGCUGCUCCACACAGCUCUCUGAACUGACCCCCCAAGUGGGCCCUGAGACAAUCAAUGUACUCUUCACGGCAGAGCUUCCUGCAGGCCCUCGGCCUGUGAGGGCUCACGCUGACUUCCUGGAGGAGGCGAGAUCCCCUGCCACCCCAUAAGGUUGAGGAGAGGUUACUACCUUUGAAGAAAGGUCUGCAGAGCUGUUCUGCUUCAGAUGCCUCCAGAGCAGUAAAUACUAGCCAGGAACUCUGACCAAAUGCCACUCUGGGUUUCUCAUUCUGUCUGCAAACCCUUCCCCCAGCACCUCCCUCCCAGAAAGGGGUGGGCUGUUAUGUGCUCUGAGAUUCCUAACUUUCUUUGCCUUGCUCCCCCCCCCCCCCCCGUUUUGUGUCUAUAUACCUGUCAUUGGUGACCUUUUGGCCAUCAUUCUUCCUCCAGAAUCAAGUAUAAAAGCCUGACACCACCCAAAAGCCAAUCAGUGCACCCUUUGGCAAGGCCCCCUAUACACCUGGCACUCCCCAAAAUCAGUCCCUGGCACAGAGUUCCCCAAGAGCAGGUGCUGUACAUUUUCCAGCUUUACAAUGAGGCUGUCGACAGCUUUAAUUAGGGAGGCAUGAAUUAUGUGGCUAUAAUGCAGAGCCCUACAAUUAAGGCGGGAACGAGAGGCUGGAGGCAGCAGGAAUCUGCCCAGCAAGCAUG